AUGAGCCCUGGUUCAAUCUCAACCCCAUCUUCGGUCCCAGCACCCACCAGCAACGUUUCUGGUGAUGGUUUCAUCAAUUCUCACCCUGGGGACUUGACCUCCCCGGGAGCCAUUUCCCCCAGCACACCGGCGCCCGGAAUGUUCGACUCUCCGAGGCCCGGAUCGCGUUCUGAAGGGGUUACAUCGCCGAAUCAACUCGAUGUUCAAUUUGCUUCUACCUGGGGAGAGCAUUCCCCUCCGAUGACGACAUCAGCUGCCGCGGGGGUUUUGUCGCAAUAUCCGUUUGGGCAGCAGACUUUCGAUGGUCUGUCGUUCCCAUCGCCAGCAGAUCAUGGAUCUGGCUUGAGAUCACUCUCCGCGUUCGCAUUCCACACGAGCCCAGUCUCACAGCCAGUUUCAUUCUUGCGCCACUCUGUGGAUGUGUCUAAUCAUCAGCCUGAAACUUUCAUGUUUCACAAUCAUGAUCAAGAGAAGCUUGUCCAAGGAGGCCAGGAGUCAAUCGAUGAACACAAUGUAGACAACACUGUGAACAAGCAGAGUGGACCAUCACAUAGUCCGCAUGAGACUGGUGGUUUGUCUUCCUUGCUGUUUGGUUCGCACAAGGUGUCAAUUGCAGGAAGCAAUGCGGCGUCAUCCCCGAGACUUGGUGAAACUCCUAUGACGAUGGGCUCGACACACGACCACCACGAUGAAAUAAGCGGUGAUAAUCGGACGAUUGAUAAUACAAACACGAUCGAUCAAGCUUCCCGCGAUUCGACAAUGGCGCAGAACAAAUGGCAGACCUACCUCAACAGCGUGACCGACAACUAUGGCCUGGACUCCGGACGCCCCGAUCAAGAUUUGAUGUUCAAUAACGACCAUGCAGCCAUCGAUAUCAACUAUGCGUUGGAUUUGAUUAGUUCCAGGUGGCACGACCAAGAAUUUAACAAAGCAUCACCACCCCAACCUACGGUUGAUUCACAGACACAGUUCUGUAGUGGUUACUAUGCAUCCUCGGUGCCGAUCAACAUCCCGAGAUAUUUGUCUCCCCUUCCCUCGUCGCUGUUGGAGAACCCUAUCAACUUGAUGUACUUCCAUCACUUCCUCAACCACACUGCGCGAAUGCUGGUCCCGCAUAGCUGUGACAACAACCCGUUCAUAUCGGUUCUACCGUCAAUGGCAAUUGGUGAUUCAAAUCUACUCAAUUUGCUUCUAGCUUAUUCCGCCAGUCACCGUGCCAGAUACCUCGGGCAUCCUGAGCCAGCUAACCGCAUUGCGCACUGGGUUAGCAAAGUAUUCCCAACAUUGCGUGUGGCAUUGGAAUCCCCCAACGAAGACAUAACAGACAGUCAUUUAGCUGCUGCCAUCAUGCUACUCUCGUUGAAGAUCGUGUCGCCAGGCACAUUUGAAGUUCCCAUCACAUGGAAAAGUCAUCUCAAGCUUGCUCGUGAUUUGUUCCAUGCACGAAGCGAGAGAAUAGCACAGCGAGGAAACAGAAUCGGUGCCUUCUUUGCCCGUUGGCUAGGAUAUCUAGACACUAUGGGAGCAUUGUCCUGUCGCCAAGCCGGUCCCCCAUUGAUGAUUUACAACUCAGUCCUUACAGCUUGCUCGCCCGAUGACCACGAUGACUUUAGCGUUGACUGCUUCACGGGUUUCACACCUCGUACAGGUGUAUUUCUCAUCCGUCUCGCUCGUCUGGUCCAAGAAUGUGACAAUCAGCGGUUCGAUGAGAUGGGACACUUCCAGCAUGACUGGCAUGCAUCUGCUGACAUAGUGUUGGAAGCACAAGCAGUUCUUGGGGAGAUUGACGGGCUGAGUGAGCACGCACAUACAAACCUGGAUCACCACCAGGGUAUUGAAUCAGCAGACAUGAUGGCCAUCGAAGAAGCAUUCCGGUUCGCCGGACUAUUACAUCUCCACCGACGUGUUCUUGGGUCUCCACCAGAUUCGUUCCCCGUAAAGGAGGUCUUGCGCAAGCUCAUAGAUGCCCUAUCACGGAUGCGUCCUGGCGCUGCCACUGAGGUCUGUUCUUUGUUCCCAUUGUUUACUGCAGGCUGUGAAUCCCGAGACGCGCCACAGCGGUCCAAGCUCUUGGAUCGAUUCUUUGUUCUGGAGAGCUCGGGUAUGAAGCAGAUUCAAAAUGCACGUCAAUUGAUGCAACACUGUUGGGAGCGGAAACUGCCCUGGAUCGCUCUGGCUGGGGGGCAAUUCUUAGGUUAG